AUGGCUGCGACGCUGCAUUUCCUGCGGGCCGCGAGCGCUUCCUUCCUGCGCCGCGCCCGGGCCCGGGGGUCCCGGCAGAUCCCGGCUGAUCCGGGGGAUCCCGGGGAUCCCGGGGGUCCUGGGAGCGCCAGGAGCGGGAGGAAGAUGAGGAUGAGACCAGGCACGCCAGGAUUCCCAUCGGGAUUUCCCCCAGGAUUCCCAUCGGGAUUUCCUCCAGGAUUCCCGCCAAGAUUUUCAGGAUUCUCGCCAGGAUUUUCGGGUUUCCCCCCAGGAUUCCCCCGGGAUUUUCAGGAUUUCCCCUGGAUUCUCACCAAGAUUUUCAGGAUCCCCCCGGGAUUUUCAGGAUCCCCCCCAGGAUUUUUGGGAUUUGCCCCCGGAUUCCCCACCAGGAUUUUCAGGAUUCCCCCCCGGGGAUUCCCCCCAGGAUUUUCAGGAUUCCGACCGGGUUUCUCAGGAUUCCCAAGAUUUUUGGGAUUCCCACCAGGGUUUUUGGGAUUCCCCCCAGGAUCCCCCCCAGGAUUUUCAGGAUUCCCCCCGGGAUUUUCGGGAUUCUCGCCGGGAUUUUCGGGAUUCCCUCCAGGAUUCCCCUCGGGAUCCCCCCCGGGAUUCCUUCCAGGAUUCCCCCCCGGGAUUUCCCCAGGGAUUCCCGCCGGGAUUCCCGCAGGGUUUCUCGGGAUUCCCGCCGGGAUUCCCGCCGCGGCUCCCGCCGGGCUCCCCGGUGCCGCCGCCCCGCGGCUCCUCCCGGCUCCGCUGCUGCUCCGCUUGCCCGGGGAGCCGGGGCCCGCCCGGAUCCGGUGCCUGGCCCCGCGCCGCUUCACCGGCAGCACCUUCGAGCUGCUCGCGGGGGUCCCGGGGGUCCCGGUGCGGAGCCUCGCCGCCGCCGCCGACCGGCACUGGGCCGAGUUCGCGCUGCCCGGAGCCGCCGGCUGCUUCCGCUGCCGGUACCGGAGCCACAACGGCAGCGCCUGGCUGGAGUCGGAGCCGAGCGCCGGCACCGGCGGCUCCGAUUUGGGUGAUGCUGAGUGUGAGCCGAGCACCGGCACGGCCGGGACCCCCGCGGCGGGACAGCGCCGGGACCGUGAGGAACGGCACCGGGACCGUCAGGAACGGCACCGGGACUCUGCAGAACGGGCUCCGGCGGCGGCGUGGACGGAGCCACACGGUGCCGGUGGCGGCCCCGAGCCUCCCCCUGGCCCCCCGUGAGGGGUCCCGGGGGUCCCGGUGAGGACCGGAGCCGGCAGCGCCUCCCGGUGUCCCCACGGAUCGGGGCUGGCCCCCGGCUCCGGUCACCGGAGCCCGCCGGGAGGAGCCCCCCC